CCCGACGUUGAGCGUCCAGUCGAGUACACCGUAUCGCACCACCGUCCCCAGUAUCAGUAUCCACCGGCCGCCGUGCGUGGAGCAUCCCCCCAGGGCUACCAUCACCGGGAAGAGUACGUGGAGUUGCAGAAGCGUGAAAGUGACAUCUAGGCGAAAUGGCUUGGUUGAUCGUUUACCCGGCGGUGGCCAUGUUGGCCAUGUUUAUCGUGCUGAUCAUCAUGCUGAUCUUGCGAUAUGGUGCGCAGCUGUGUCAGCUGCGCCAUCACGCCCUACCGGACGAUCAGGACAUGCGUGAUCAGGCGUACGAUCAGAAGGUUAGCUACGCCUGACACGCAUCCAGGAAGGGGGAGAAGGCGUCGCCAUCAAUGACACCAAAAUGCAGUUCCGAGUAAGAGAGUGUGAGGCACUCUGCAUCAUUAUUUUAUAUCUCUCUCCUACCAACUUCAUAACAUUCCACUCGAAAAAAUUUUAAUAUUUUUUUCUAUAAGUCGGGAAAUGCUUUUGACAUUUUCUCCCGCUGCUCUGUAUUUAGAGAUUAGAGACAUUUUUUUUACUAACAUAGGGUAGUAGCAUCGUGCCUUUUCUAAGACUUGAAUCUCUUGAUGUACCACAUUCCGUCCACGGGGAAAGCGAUUUUUGUUUUACCGAAGCAUUUACCGAAACAAUGCUGCGUUGUAAGAACAAUUUUUAUCCGAUAGGAAAAGCAUUUUUUGCUAGAAAUAUUCCAUUGCAACGGUAAAGCGCACAAGAGAAGCCACUUUCUUUUAAUGAAAAUGUUCGAUUUAGCAAAACACUGUAAGAAGCAAUAAGAUGCAGUAGAACAACAAUAAAGGUACAACCUCGUCAACCUCUA